GUCAUCGGACAAUAACAAAUUAAUAAUCGUGCAAUGAAUUGUGAAAAACAGAGUGAGACAUUCAAAAGCGGCGGAACGGAUGGCAUAACAAGCUUUUGGAAUCAGCACAUUAUGGAGCGCUUUAUAAAAGCGAAUCUCUUUGUUAUAUGCUGUGUUGCAGCCGGUUUGCUAUUGAUUGUAUACCUGGGUGCAUUUUCCUGUGAAGUUUCAUGGAUUUUAGAGGCGCGCGGUGAUUUACCCUAUGCCGCUUACGUUCUCUGUACACAGUAUUUUAUUGUCUUUGUGGCCACAACGAUACUCAUCCAUGGCCUGGUAACUGGUCUACCAUGGGGUUUAUUCGCAUGGUCGGUGGUUAUUGGGAUACUAUCGAUACCCGAGUUGAUAUUUGUAAUGAUUAUGACAACACAACAUUGGGGUUUGCAAUCGGUGCACGGCCUAACAGAGUUAAUAGCCUACCUCAUACGUUUGGUUAUAAAUUGUUUUGCUUUAAUUUGCGUGAUACCAACUGGUCUAAGAUGGCGUCGCGAGUCUCAAGUCCUCACACAAUUACAGGAUUUGGCAACACGACUACAACUACAAACACCGCCACCUAGCGUACCAAUGCUGACAACAAAAUCUGACUCAAGACGUUCGAGCAAACGGAUACAAAAUCAACAGAGUGCUUUUGAAAAUUCAGGUUACCAAGUAACAGAGGUCACCACCAAACCCGUUAAUGGUGGCUCACAGCCACAAGGACUAAAUGUAUUCGGAUCGCAGAAUGAAUUCAAUGCCAGCAUGUUUGCCCUGCCAUUUUUGCAGCAGCAAUUUAAUCCAGCAAGUGGUAUCAAUCGUAAUGGCAAUCGCACCCAAUCAUUAAUGGAUCUUCGCUGUACCCUGCCGGGUCUUUACAAUCCUCGCUAUGUCAUAGAGAACAGCGAUGAAAAGAAUGGAAAAUAUUUCAAUAUAACAAUAGAUGAUUUGAAAAAUAAUCUACAAGAUUCCCACAAACAGCCUGCCUCUCUGGUCGGUUCCAAUGAUCCCAUUUAUUGUUCUAUUGAACCAAAACAACCAUCACCUCCCACACAACCAAGGGGACAGCGAGAACCAAUGGCGUUGCCAGGACAAUCACAAUCGCAACCGCCAACAAAGUUGGCCCGCAAUUGUAUAUCAUUGGAAAAUUUGGAAGGAAUAAACAAGGUACAAAGUGACCUGGCAGCCUAUGGACACAAUCUGCUGCAGAACUAUAACCAGCAACAGCAGUACUAUUUGGCCAUGUUGGGCUAUUUGCAAGAGCACCAACAGCAUUCGCCCCAAUUUGCCAUGAAUGGUGGCAUCUAUCGGAGACCCGGUAGCCAGACAAGCCUAAAUCCUCAAGUUUUGGCAGGCAAUGGGGUAAUGCCACAACAAUUCCAGCGACGUAAUUCCCAACAUCUACAAUAUUAUGGUGGUUUUGGUUAUGCCAACUAUACGAAUCCCUACAUUACAGCCAAUUCGAAAUUAUCACUGGGCAAUGAAUCCGACGAUUACCGCAAAUAUCGCGAUGUGGCUCUGUAA